AUGUCAUCAGCAAAUGAUACACCGAUUUGGACAAUUGAUGGUAUUCCUUACUUGUCUUUCUCCUCUAAAGCAGUAUGGAAUGCUGUUAGGAUUUCAAAUCCAGUAAAAUGUUGGGCACCACUUGUGUGGCACAAAGCUACCAUUCCAAAGCAUGCACUAACUUCAUGGUUAUUUAUACUUAAUCGCAAUCCUACUCUUGAUCGUCUGUCUACUUGGGGUUUCGAUAUUGAUUUGGACUGUCUCUUGUGCGGUUUGGCCCAAGAAUCGCGAAAUCAUUUGUUUUUUGAGUGUGACUUCUCUGCUGAGGUUUGGAGAUUAAUAACACAAAAGCUUAGGUUAUCAUCCCCUCCGUUUCUCUGGGAUCAGAUCCUCCUUUGGCUACCGACAGCUUCUGCAUCAAAGCACCAAAAACUUGCUCUCCUUCAAGGUUGGCAGGGUGCAAUCUUUGAACUGUGGCGAGAGAGAAAUCGACGCUUUCAUGAGGGUCUCUCCCUCUCUCCAGUUACAAUAGCAACGCUCAUCAUUUCCACAUUGAAUAAUAAGUGUAAUGCAAUGCUUCAGCUGGGCUUAAAGCGUGGGAUUUCUCUUCUUCAAUGCUGGGCUAAUUAA